GAUCCCUGGCCAGGUGUCAUUAUAAUGAACACUGAGGCGGCCACAGGAGCAGAGAUUUGGGAACCGAACCCAGUGCCUUACCGGGGGCUCUCUGGGGCCAGAGUGACGUGGCUCCAUCAGGUGGAAAGCCUGCGGCUCUCCCUGGACCCAACUCUUGCAGAGAUAAAGAUGUCUCAGAAGCCAGGACCAUCGCCACCACCACCACCACCAAGCCCAGGCCUAGGAGGGGAGGGAGGGGGGAGCUUUUCUGCUCCCACAGCGGCCAGGGCUUGUUUGUGGGUUCGCAAUUCACGGUGAUAAAUGUAAAGACCAAUUAAGGUUUGAUCCGAGCGCACGGGAGGCAGACGGCGGCGGACAGUGGGACCAAUUAGCGAGCAUGUCCCCUCAUUCCCGCCGCGGCCGCGCCGAGCAUCCCCAGGCGCCCGCGGCGGCGGCCCGGGAGCGCCCGGCCCCCUCCCUCCCUCCGGGCUCGGGGAAGGGCUGUCCUCUGCCAGCGAGAAGGAGUCCCUGCUGCCAGCCUCUUUCUCAGCCGUUCGGAGUUUGGCAUAACUGAAGACGGAGGGCAUGAAGUCGGUCCUAGAUGGCCUUGCAGACACCACCUUCCGCACCAUCACCACGGACCUCCUCUACGUGGGCUCGAAUGACAUUCAGUACGAAGACAUCAAAGGCGACAUGGCAUCCAAAUUAGGGUACUUCCCGCAGAAAUUUCCUCUAACUUCCUUCAGGGGCAGUCCCUUCCAAGAGAAGAUGACUGCAGGAGACAGCCCUCAGCUGGUCCCCGCGGACCAGGUGAACAUGACCGAAUUUUACAACAAGUCUCUCUCCUCCUACAAGGAGAAUGACAACAUCCAGUGUGGGGAGAACUUCAUGGACAUGGAGUGCUUCAUGAUCCUGAACCCCAGCCAGCAGCUGGCCAUCGCUGUGCUGUCCCUCACGCUGGGCACCUUCACGGUUCUGGAGAACCUGCUGGUGCUGUGUGUCAUCCUGCACUCCCGCAGCCUCCGCUGCCGGCCCUCCUACCACUUCAUCGGCAGCCUGGCUGUGGCAGACCUCCUGGGCAGCGUCAUCUUCGUCUACAGCUUCGUGGACUUCCACGUGUUCCACCGCAAGGACAGCCCCAAUGUGUUUCUGUUCAAACUGGGCGGCGUCACGGCCUCCUUCACGGCCUCGGUCGGCAGCCUGUUCCUCACGGCCAUCGACAGGUACAUCUCGAUCCACAGGCCCCUCGCCUACAAGAGGAUCGUCACCAGGCCCAAGGCCGUGGUGGCCUUCUGCCUGAUGUGGACCAUCGCAAUUGUGAUCGCCGUGCUGCCCCUCCUGGGCUGGAACUGCAAGAAGCUGCAAUCCGUUUGUUCGGACAUUUUCCCACUCAUCGACGAGACCUACCUGAUGUUCUGGAUCGGGGUCACCAGCGUGCUGCUGCUGUUCAUCGUGUACGCCUACAUGUACAUCCUCUGGAAGGCGCACAGCCACGCGGUCCGCAUGAUCCAGCGCGGCACCCAGAAGAGCAUCAUCAUCCACACGUCGGAGGACGGCAAGGUGCAGGUGACCCGGCCAGACCAAACCCGCAUGGACAUCCGGCUGGCCAAGACCCUGGUCCUGAUCCUCGUGGUUCUGAUCAUCUGCUGGGGCCCUCUGCUUGCCAUCAUGGUGUACGAUCUCUUCGGGAAGAUGAACAAGCUGGUGAAGACGGUGUUCGCCUUCUGCAGUAUGCUGUGCCUGCUGAAUUCCACCGUGAACCCCAUCAUCUACGCCCUGAGGAGCAAGGACCUGAGGCACGCGUUCCGGAGCAUGUUCCCCUCGUGUGAAGGCACCGCGCAGCCCCUCGACAACAGCAUGGGUGACUCAGACUGCCUGCACAAGCACGCCAACAACACAGCCAGCGCCCACAGGGCCACCGAGAGCUGCAUCAAGAGCACCGUCAAGAUCGCCAAGGUGACCAUGUCUGUGUCUACCGACACGUCCGCCGAGGCUGUGUGAGCCUGACGCCCCCGGGGCAACGCAGGAAAAGAAAUCCGUGUUUCUGUUUUUGUUUUUACAGCUGAAGAUCUAUUAUAGAAGAGUCUGUCGUCUCAUCGGUUAUCUUUUUUUAAGUUUAUCAUGCUCAUUGAAAAAAAAGUGAUUGUUCCCAUGAUCGGUUGUCUGUUCGCUGAUGUUUUUGGAUCGUGUAGAUUCUCAAACUCAGUUCUCUCCAGGGAUUUACAGUGAAGAAAGCCUAUUGCUUAAGUGACUGGAAGGUCCGAAGUCCCAGCGAAAUAGGAGGGAAACCUUGUGCUGCACAAUCUGCAGUCUAAGUACCACUGGAACAAUGCCAUGCAAUGAGUAAUGCCUUUGUAACCACCACUUUCAUUAUAAUAUAAUGUGAAAUGUAUGUGUCCAUCAGUUGCAGAGCUGUCCAUUUUUACCGCAGUUAUAUAGUACUAAAGUAGAGCUAUUUUGUAAAAUGUAUUGUGUCCCGUGAAAUGUGUAUCCGUGUUUACUGUGUGUUGUUUGUAUUUGUCUAGUUCAGCAAAAUUGAAAAGUAGCAUUUUAUGAAAACAGUGGAAUAUAAGCAGUGGGUACAUGGCAAUGAGAUCACUUUUUUUUUUUUUUUAAAGAGUAUUGUCCAUGAUAUAACUCUAGAAACCUUAAUAUUUUUUCAAACAUCUCUAUUUAAAAUUGACAUUGGAAAUAAUGAUAAAGAUUGUUGGGUUUUUGUUUUUUUCUUCUUCUGUUAAUAGAACAAGAAGAAUUGGAAGACUCUCCAAAGUAUUGAGCAGAAGUUAGUGACACUUAAAAUUUAUUAGCUCUGCAUUUUCAUACAAGGACAUUUAUGAUCUUCUGGACUAAAGCUAUCUCUUGGGUGAUGGAUUACAAUUAAAGGGGGGGGGAGGCAUAUUGACUUUCUUGGCUGACGUCUCUGACUUUCUUUAGUCUUUAGCUAUUACUGGACUUCUUAAGACAGCAUGUGUCAACCUUAAUGUAUAUUGUUAUCACUGUGCAAUUGCUGUUUACUUGAAGAGUAUUGUAUUCUUAUAUUCCAGGUUUAAGUAGAUUUUAUGCCUGGGUGGCCAAACAACAGUCUUCAUUUCUUUUUCUUAAUUGAAAAGAAGUAUUGUCUGGAUCAGUGAAAUUAUACUGUGUGUGAGUGUGAACAUAAAUGUGUGUGGUGUUUCUACCCUGUAACUGUUACCGUAAUGUCAUGAAGUGAGAAAACUGUGACCAAGUGUAAACUGUACCACUUGCUGCACUCUUGUACAUGAAUUCAGUUUCUAAAAUCAAGUUCAUUCAGAUAAUCUUGUUGAUAAAAAUAUUGACCAUGAGCAUUCAGAACCCUCCCCUCUCUCCCUCACCCUACCCCUCCUUUUUAGAGGCUGGGUCAAGUAUUACUAAAUGGAUCUUCAGGUAUUUCCUAAGACCAGUGUUUAGCAAGGAAAAAUCAGUAAUGAGCAUUUAAGUGAAGGCCUGUAUUUACCGUGUUAAUAGCAGGAAAUGAGAGUGUUUUGGUUUCUGAGCACCUAAUAUGAAUCAAGUCCAUGGAGAUGUAAGUCAUUAUAAGGGGCGUGGCUCUAAAAAUCCUUCAGUGCUAACAUUCUUUGGUUGUGCUUGUAGGGAGUGCGAUCCCGGCUUCAGUAGCAUCAUACACAGCUUGCUGGAAGUGAGACCACCCAGGUCCAGCCCAUGUGGCUAAGGAGCCUAUCAGACAGUGAGCGGUGGGUGAGAACGAAAAGGGCAGUGAGGAGCUGACACACUCGUGGCAGAGGCCUGGGUGACAUAGGGCUGCUCUGUGCUUCACCCAGACACCCUUGGGGACAGCCCAGCACCCAGCUGGUUUGGGUAAGGAAUAAGGCCUCUUCUCCGGUCCUGGUAACCAAGAUCUGCUACAGCGUAAGGAUGAGCUUCCUUUCCUCCUACGCCCUGGUCCGCUACUCCUUAAUGGUGCUCAGAGUCAGGCCCUUUCCCAGCAAGCUUAAGAAACUGAUAAUGCUUAAGAAACCACUUGACUGGCAAAAGUAUAAUCUCCUCCUGAUUCAGACAAAGCACGGCUCCUGCAGGAUCCAGAGGCCUGCGUAGCAUGAAGUGAAGUGGAGAGCUAGUGUUUUUGGUGACUUUUUAGGUGUUCAGAUACCUGUGCAGCCUGGCGGGGUCUUCUUGCAAUGUAUGGCCUGAGGCUGAACGUGGCCUGUGGACCAAGCUGAGAUACUUUAAUCAUCUGUGUACAUAGUUCACAUCCACCCGCGGGUUCCCUUGCUUGAUCUCUCUGUGAUAUGCAGACGAGGGCUCAGGUUGCUAGAGCAUUAAUAAGAUCUCUUCAGAAGAAGGAAAAAAGAUUCUUUAUGAAAAAAACUCCCCAGGGUCUAGUUUUCAUUUAAGAAAUGCCACUCUUUUUGUCCCACAUUAGCCUGAAUAUUAAUCUACAUGUCUCAGAACUCACCAGACAGUACAAACUUUUUUUCCUCACAGCUAUGAAGACCUGGUAAAAGUGAAAUUCUACUUACUGGUAAAAAAAAAAAAAACAUAAAAAAAAUCUCCAGGAUUCAUUUUUGAAACUGUAUUUGUGUGUGUGCAAUGUAGAUUUUAUAGUGUGUUGUACUUUCAAGAUCUAAAUCAUAUAUAAUUAAUGAAGGGACCAUGGGGCUGACAGCACUAAACUUGGUGCUCAUUGAUAUUCUAAGAAAUAUCUGUGAAAUAUCAUCAUGUAUGCAUUAUACCUCCUUUAUUUUAAAGCAAAUUAGUUUGAUUCCCUUUGACACUUUAAUAUCGUUUCCUAACCAGGUUACUCAGAUGUUCUCUCAUGAAUAUACUCAUUAGAGUUACCAUUUACUAGUAUCAUGCAUUAAUUAGUUCCUUCAUUAGACCCAUUAAUUUAAAUAUAAUUUAGAUUUCAGUAAAUGUUUAAAGGUCCAACUUCAGAGUUGUCUACUUUCCUCUGAGAAGAAUGCAUUUGUCCUGACCAUGCAUGCUACCAUCACGUGUGUCUUCAGAAAGGGCCAGCUUUCCACCUGCUCCCUUUCUCCUGAGUCAUGAUGAACCUUUCAGUCCUACACUGGGAGUGUCUUUUCUUUGCAUGGGGCUCUUAGAGAUAUGGGCGGACUUGCUUAUUUAGUGGCUAGUCCAUGUCAGGAGUAUACAUACAUGAGUUCUGAACCAGCUCAGACUCGCCACAGUACGCAGCGUUGUGGCUAGCAGAAGAGAAAGAGCAGUUGUUUGUGGAGAAGGAGGGCUGUUCCCAAGAACCUCUAAUCUUUCAUUAUCUGAAAUACAUGUAAAAGGAGCACGGAUCUGGGAAAAGCUGACGACAUAUUCCUACGCUUGAGAUGAUUCCCCAGCCUCCCCAUCCAUCACUUUGAGUCAAGCCUAUCUGGCGUUAGGUGUCAAGGCAUUUUGGCCGCCUGCACUCACCCUACCCCCACAUGGGAAUUAGAGCCUGGGUGAGUAGCAUUCCAGUUAGUGCCCUAAUGAUUCAUUUCUGCCAUUCCAUGUCUGUAAAAGAGACCACCAAUAUCAUGCGCAAAAUUAGAUUUCUCACAAUCUAACUGUAUAUUUGUAUGAUAUUUUAAAAUCUCCUAAAUGCUGGGCAAUGGCUAUUAACAAAUGUCUUGCACUGGCCUUUUGAUGAAAUGUUAACAAUGCCUAUUGUAAUAUAGACAAAACAUUUUAUCUACUGAUUUGGGCUGAAUGUAUGUAAAUAGGUCUUUAAAAAAAAGUCAAAUGUUGAAGCAGUGGCCUACGAAUCAGUAAUUUUCAGAUAGAAGAGUUUUUUUCCUUUGCUGUGGCAUCCUAAAAGCUGUCUGCACGUAAAUUUAGUGCACUAGGCCUGCUGGGGAUUGGAGUCCCCAGGAAAGGAAACCCUUUCUUAUAAUAAUAUAAAUGAAGAUACUAGAUCAUCUGGAUUCUUCCAACAUUUCAAGUGGAAAACAAUUCUUUAUUGUCUGUAAAUCUAACAUUAUUACUUUUCCUCUUAGAAAAAUAUUGUACUGUUAGAUGUUUGUUGAGCUGGUAACAUCCUUGCAACUGCUGCAGUUCCUUUGUUAGUAACAUGUAUAAUAUUUUGUACACAACUACCAGUAAGGUUGUUAUUCACUGUAGCUUCAGUCAUUAAAUUACUAUAGCAAAAUAGUACUUCUGUAAUAUUUACAAUGUAUUAAGCCCACACUCUAUUUUAUUUCAGUGAUAUAAUUACAUUGUUAUUUACAAAGUUGUUAAUUACAAAGGAAAACAUCCCCUCAUGUCAAUUGUCCAAAGUUACCUGGAAUCAAAUAAAAAUUCUAGAUUAUCAUGCAGGACAUAAAA